AGUUCCGAUUGACUUCCGCAUUGAAAAUGGCAACGGAGUUUACAGAAAAUUCAGUGAAAGAAUUUAUUCUGCGCAAAGGAGGACGGGUUAAAAAUCAUGAACUUGUAACACAUUUUAAAAACUUCCUAAAUGACUCAGCCAGAAAAGAGGAAAUGAGAGAAAAAUUUAAGAACUAUGUCAACACCCUUGCUACAAUUAAGCUGGAUGAGAACAAGGAGAAAGUUUUGAUGUUGAAGAAGAGGUACAUGUAUGACACAGGGGGUGGGGCAGAGCCUGACCAAGGGGCCAGGGCACAGUCAGAACCACCUGGCAACACCAUGGCAGGAGGAGAAGACAGGGUUGAUGGUCGCCUGAGGUCACGUGUCCAGAGUGACAAGAUGUUUGCCUCCUCAGACACUGUCUCGUCCAAUCCUGACACCCAGAGUCUCACCUCGCCAAUGUCCUCAUCUUCACUGUCAUCGGCAACCUUUGAGGAGGAUAGUGAUGCAAGCGUUUUGAGUGUUCGGGAGCGAGCCCUGCACCUAAACAGGAUGGAGUCUGAGUCUGAUAUCCAGCGGACCUCCGGCUCCAACCUCGGGGCUGUCCGCGGCAAAAACCAGAUGAAGAAGGGUCGAGAUUUGGAUGGUGAUGACUCAUCAACGAGUUCUGUAGGAUAUUCCCCGCUUGUCCCUAUAGAGAAGGAAUGGCUAGUUAAGAGUUCCUCAUCGGAAUAUCACCUGAUGAACGAGCUACUCUCCAAGAACCCAGGACUAGCCAGAGUCAGGGACUUCACAUCUGGUGUGAGUAUAACCCUGAAGAAGGGGUUUUGAACUGCUGCAAUACUGGUACUAAAACAGAUUACCUGUUAUAUUGGCAUGGGCUUUAUCAACUCUGAUAUCUGGUGUGGUACUACUUUUCUGAUAGUUGUUUUUAAAAGUGUGCAGUCUUUAAGCUUAAAGUGCUACUUCUGGUAUGGAUUAAAAUGAUUGCUCGAACAAAAAACAUUAAAGAUUUCAAAGAAAAUAUUCAUAAUAAGUUAUGAUUGUAUGUUUGUAUAUUCUCUUUCAUGUUACUCCACAACUUGUAUGUGUCAUCACAUUGGAUAUAACAGUAUACUGCCUUACACUGGGCUUGCCUUCACGGACGAACCCAGGUGAUCAAAAUGUUGAUGGGAAAACAAGGUGUUAACGUCAACCAGAAAACUAAUGUGAGUAUCAUAGACUGUAUAUCAGUCUACCAUGCUUUAAGUUGUAUUUUUUAAAGAUAAUCUUCAUAAUUUUAUUUAUAAACGUUUUAAUACUUGUACAGAACAUUAAUUAUUAAUGCAUUUUGAGAUAUAAUGACAAUUAUAUUUUUCACUUUGAUAUUUGUUAGAUAUCACAAAAAAAGAUACAUGUUUUACAUUGUGUUUACUCAAUAACAUACAAUACACUGAUGUUUUGACCUUCCAUGCAUUGUUGCUGCGCUGAUUUGGACUUAUUCAGGGGGGUUACACACCACUACAUUUAGCAGCCCAACAAGGACAUGAAGAAGUGAUAGAACUCCUCAUUCAGGGACUCAAGGCAGACCCAAAUAUCCGAGAUUACAGCGGGAAGAAAGCAAAGCAGUACCUGCCAAACUCUGCCUCUAGUCGCACACAACAAUACAUGUAGAAUCAUAGGUAACCAAAUUUAUGUAGCGCAAUUAUCUGAUAAUAGCUUAUCGGUCUUGAGUGAAUAUAAAAGAAGUGUUAACAUUUCUACACUAACUGAAUGAGGUUCAUGAAUUGACUCCAAUAUAAGUAGUCUGAAGGUCUUCAAAUUUGUAAUUUUUAUUUGAUAUAUUGUAAUUUUUAAAUAUCGAGCUUAAGGACUUUGUGAUUUUAGUUAGCUUUAUUUAGAUUUUAUUGUUUUUCUUUGUGUGCAAUACAUUCCUGCUGUUUUAAUGCUCAUGACAACUUUGUUAAUGAUUUUUAGUAUUUUAAUGUUUGAUAGCUUUACUUUUAUUUGCAUUAUACUCUAUAACACGGUGGUUGUAUUUCUGUGAUAGUAUUUUAUUUCCGUGGGGAGUUGUGGUGAACACUCGGACUACACACUUACAUUUUGCUGCUUUUUUUAUAACAGUUAACUUAAUAAAUACAAUAACUUUUUGCAUGCAACUUUACAGUAGAAAGAAACUUAGUUGUUGCAAUGAUUUCAAAAUCUUGAUUUUGACAGUGACUGUUGUCAUGUUAACACUAAAGUUAAGUGUUACUGUAAUAGAUGAAAUUCCUUGCUUUCAGUAUAAAAUGCACCUUAAAAUGCUUACACUUGAUUUUGAGCUAAAAUGUAAGAUUGCAGUUAUAGCAUAAAAUGUAUUUGUCCUAGUUGCACAUGUCCUAAUAGACAUGUACGGUGUGUGGGUCUUUCAUUUUGUAUAUUGUAUUUUGACUGAUUUAGGGACUUGAUCAAUGUUUAACUGAUAACUUGUAAAAACCUCUGCUUCUGUUGUAAACAUCAUAUCAGCUGCCAUUUUGUUUCCUGUGCGCCUUCUGAUACCUUUCAUAUAACACACUACCCUAAAGUACUAUGAUAGGUUACACAGAACAAAUAUUAAAAACAAGGAUGGGUAUGGGGUCAAAUGGGACAUUAGGACAAAUACGCUAUAACUUAUAUCUUGCAGUAUUGUAAGUAAUAAUUACCCAUGGAAUGUGUGAAAACUCCAAUACUACAUGUUUGUAUACAUGUAUAUGGUUUGUGAAGAGGCGUGCUGAUGUAUAUUUGUAGGCACUAGGUACCUAUCAUCUAGGUGCAGCAUCCCCGGCACAGAACAGUUUGACCCCCAAAACAAACCUGGUAUUCUCUAGGCUCCACUGUUCCUCCCUCUCUCUCUCUCAUCAGAAAUCAUUCAGUUGAGCUGGGAUGUCAUGUAUACGGUUGAUUGUUGAAAUUUCACAAAAAGUUAUAUUCAGUGUUGUUUGCUAAUCAACCUAGCAAGAUCUUUGUUCAUCAAUGAUUGCCAAUUAUUAAAUAAUUGUGAUCUGGCAAAAUUGGCAAAAAAAACGCACAAAAAUUAAUUUCAUUUCCUGGAUGAUAAAAUAGGCUUUUUAUUUAAAAAAAUAAAUACAUGGACACCCUUUUACUUUAUGGUUUCUAUUAUGUACAGUCAUGCGUAAUAUUUUAAUUAUUAAGGAACUUGAAAAGAUGAACAUAUUUUUUUUAAUGUAUCACUGUUGAAGCAUUCAUUAUAAACUACCGGUAUAUGAUAUGUGUAAAUGUAUGACUGUAUUGUCUCAUGGUUUACAUGCCAUCUUAUUCCAAUGCCUGUAGAGAAUCAUACAUGUAUUUAUAGGGCUUAGGUCUUGAAUGUGCAUUUCAUAUAUGUUAUAUAUUAGGACUGCGUUUGUCUGUAGUCAUUGCAUGAUGGUGUGUUGGGGUUUGAGCUAUUUGCCUUAGCUGCAAAAUAUUCUAUUAUAUUUAUUAUGGGCAUUAUCAUGGCAUAUUUGUCAGUUCAAAUUGAAUUUUGUUGGCUUAAUACAGAACCAUUUCAAGAAUAGAGUUCAAUUUCUAUAUACUUACAUUGUUCAUUCAUCUUUUCAGGCGUUGGUGUUGAAAUAAAAUCAAGCUCAUACUGUAAAUACUCGCCAUUGUCUCAGCUUUAUUUCAAUAUAUCUUUUGAUAACAUCUGUCAAUGUUAUUGUGUAUGUAUUACUUGUUACACUUGUUAAGAGUAUUUACAUGAACGUUGUUCAUAAGAAAUGAUGAAAUGUAGGGAAAAAACAUAAAUACAUGUGCUUGGAAACUUUCAUAAAUUAAAUUCAAGGUGUACACUGCUAGCAUGAGGGCAUGCACUAGAGCAAUGGUGAAAUAUGUCGGGAAAGCUCAACAGCUAGCAUUAUGUCUGCUGAACACAUCUUGCCAGAAAUCAGUGUUGUAUGUUCCGCAGUAAUUGACUAAUUAUUAAACUAAAUGUUAAAAAAAUAGUAAUCAAUUUCUUUUGAAUACUUAUUUGAUCAUACAAUGUUAACAUCGCCAUAUUAAAAUAUUUAUUAUUGUGUUUUGUAUUUAUACUAUAGUAUUGUUAAGAAAAUAUUUUACAUUAGAUUACAAUAUAUAAAGUACAUGUACUACAAAAUAAAACAAUUAAUGCAUGUAAGUAUUUGUUUUUAUUCAUUACUUACUGUUACACAGUACUUUGAGCAGACAUUUCCUCCCUUGUAAUGAGAACUUGCAUCUUGUGUACCACAGACAUGCGUAGGUGUGAUUGUUUCCAAUCAAAUUUGUUUUGACCAGUUAUAAAUUUUCAAACUUUGUACUCACAGUGGUCUUGGUCAUGACAUGACCACUGUUGAUUUUGCGGCGAUAUGUCAUGGUCAGGGUGAGAGUUACUAGAAAAGCUAUGGGCGCUAACUACAGUCGACACAUUCGGAUUCACAGAAUUUUUGAUAAUGUCAUAGUGCUGAUGUUGUCCGUGUUGGUAUCAAGCAAAACUUCAAUGCUUUGCCAUAACUCUUAAAUAAGUCAUCCAAGAUAUACACAUGAAACUAAGGACAUGAACCUACCGGGUAUGUUUGCCUAGGCCCAUUAUCUAUUGCUUUAACAAUAUAUGAGCUUCAAUAAAAUGCCCAAACGCCUGUUGAAAAGCAGAUAUUUAAUGGACUUUUUACACGAAUUACAUUAAUAAUUUUAGGAAUUGUGGUUUUGUGACAAUAUAGGGAUAAAAGUGACCUACCAGGCAUCAUUCUACAGAAAUGAUUGACAUGGUCACAUGUUAGAAGUUAGGUUUAUGGGACUAAGACAAGUGUUUAGAAUAUAACCUGCUGUCAUUAAUUUGAA